AGCCCCACUCCCAGAAUAUGAAGUGAGUGUGAAGGGCACCACAACAACCCCUGGAUCUGUCAAGAAUGUACCUAUUUUUAACAAACUGGAUCAAGUGUCAGCACUCAAUAGGAGACGAAGAAGGGGGUAGAGACCGUGUUCUACAGAUUGAGCGGAUGGUAAACGGCCCUCUGGCGUGUUUACAGUACAGCUGUGCAUUCUUAAUGGCUCUGCCGCUGCCGUGUCAGUGCAGCUGUCUGCUUCAGGAAGUGAGGUCUACAGCCACGAGGAGAAUCUUCAAGAGCUGCCUCGCAUUGUGACAUGUCUGAACCCUUGAUCCAGUCCCUGCAGCAUGAACAAGGUGGACACUCACUGACCUGUCACAAAGUUGCCCUGCAAAGCUUUGGUGUCCAUGUCUGAAUGGAUUGCUGUAGCCUUCUCAUCUCUCCCUUCGCCCAGUUCCCCGCAUCCUAAGCCUCGAAGCCAGCACAGAGCCUGGAAGAAUUACAUGGUGUGAACGGCAUGUCUGUGGAUGAGAAGCCUGACUCCCCCAUGUAUGUGUAUGAGUCCACAGUCCACUGCACCAACAUCCUCCUGGGCCUCAAUGACCAGCGGAAAAAGGAUAUUCUCUGUGACGUGACUCUGAUCGUGGAAAGGAAGGAGUUCCGGGCCCACCGGGCUGUGCUGGCCGCAUGCAGUGAAUAUUUCUGGCAGGCGCUGGUUGGACAGACGAAAAAUGACUUGGUGGUCAGCUUGCCUGAGGAGGUCACGGCCAGGGGCUUUGGGCCGCUGUUACAGUUCGCCUACACCGCCAAGCUAUUACUCAGCAGAGAAAACAUCCGCGAGGUCAUCCGCUGUGCUGAGUUCCUGCGCAUGCAUAACCUGGAGGACUCCUGCUUCAGCUUCCUGCAGACCCAGCUCCUGAACAGCGAGGAUGGCCUGUUCGUGUGCCGGAAGGAUGCUGCGUGCCAGCGCCCGCACGAGGACCGUGAGAACUCCGCGGGAGAGGAGGAGGAGGAGGAGGAGGAGACCAUGGACUCGGAGACGGCCAAGCUGGGGUGCCCCCGGGACCAGAUGCUUGCAGACCCCAUCAGCUUUGAGGCCACUGCCAUCCCAGUCGCCGAGAAGGAAGCAGCUCUGCUGCCCGAGUCCGACGUGCCCACCGACACCAAGGAGACCUCGGAGAAGGACGCGCUGACGCAGUACCCCAGAUACAAGAAAUACCAGCUUGCAUGUACCAAGAAUGUCUAUAAUGCAUCAUCACACAGUACCUCAGGUUUUGCAAGCACAUUCAGUGAAGAGAACUCUAGCAACAGCCUCAAGCCGGGCCUUGCCAUGGGGCAGAUUAAAAGUGAGCCGCCCAGUGAAGAGAACGAGGAAGAGAGCAUCGCGCUCUGCCUGUCCGGAGACGAGCCUGACAUCAAGGACAGAGCGGGGGACGUGGAAAUGGACCGGAAACAGCCCAGCCCUGCCCCCGCCCCCGCCCCCCCUGCCGGGGCCACCUGCCUGGAGAGAUCCAGGAGCGUGUCCUCCCCCUCCUGUCUAAGGUCUCUAUUCAGCAUAAAAAAUAGUGUGGAGUUGUCUGGCCUGCCCAGUACCUCUCAGCAGCACUUUGCCAGGAGUUCAGCGUGCCCUUUUGACAAGGGGAUCACUCAGGGUGACCUUAAAACUGACUACACCCCUUUCCCGGGGAAUUACGGACAGCCCCACCUGGGCCAGAAGGACGUGUCCAACUUCACCAUGGGGUCGCCCCUCAAGGGGCCUGGGUUGGAGGCUCUCUGUAAACAGGAAGGAGAGCUGGACCGGAGAAGUGUGAUCUUCUCCUCGAGCGCUUGUGACCAAGUGAGCACUGCGGUGCAUUCGUAUUCUGGGGUAAGCAGUUUGGACAAAGACCUCUCUGAGCCGGUGCCAAAGGGUCUGUGGGUGGGGGCUGGCCAGUCCCUCCCCAGCUCACAGGCCUACUCCCACGGUGGGCUGAUGGCUGACCAUUUGCCAGGAAGGAUACGGCCCAACACUAGCUGCCCGGUGCCAAUCAAAGUCUGCCCUCGCUCGCCCCCCUUGGAGACCAGGACCAGGACUUCCAGCUCAUGCUCCUCCUAUUCCUACGCAGAGGAUGGGAGCGGGGGCUCACCCUGCAGCCUCCCUCUCUGUGAGUUCUCCUCCUCGCCCUGUUCCCAGGGAGCCAGAUUCCUAGCCACAGAACAUCAGGAACCAGGCCUGAUGGGAGAUGGAAUGUACAACCAAGUCCGACCCCAAAUUAAAUGUGAGCAGUCUUAUGGAACCAACUCCAGCGACGAAUCCGGAUCGUUCUCGGAAGCAGACAGUGAGUCGUGUCCUGUGCAGGACAGGGGCCAGGAGGUCAAACUUCCCUUCCCUGUAGAUCAAAUCACAGAUCUUCCAAGGAACGAUUUCCAGAUGAUGAUUAAGAUGCACAAGCUAACCUCAGAACAGUUAGAGUUCAUUCACGACGUCCGACGGCGCAGCAAGAACCGCAUCGCGGCCCAGCGCUGCCGCAAGCGGAAACUGGACUGUAUUCAGAAUUUAGAAUGUGAAAUCCGCAAAUUGGUGUGCGAGAAGGAGAAGCUGCUGUCGGAGAGGAACCAGCUGAAGGCCUGCAUGGGGGAGCUGCUGGACAACUUCUCCUGCCUCUCCCAGGAGGUCUGCCGCGACAUCCAGAGCCCCGAGCAGAUCCAGGCCCUGCACCGGUACUGCCCCGUCCUCAGGCCCGUGGGCCUCCCCGCCGCCACCGGUAUUAACGCUGCGCCCCUGGGCGUCGAGCAGAACCUGGCCGCCCCCCAGUGCGCGGCGGGGGAGAGCGCGCCCUGCUGCCUGGAGCCCGGGCCCGCGCCCCCCGGCCCCCCCUGGGCUCCCGGCGGCGCCCCCCCCUCCUCCUCCUCCUCCUCCUCCUCCUCGGAGAAUUGCACGAGGAGGCCGGAGGGCAGCGACCCGGGGGGCUUCCCGGAGAGGGGGCCUCCGCUGGAAUCCAGGAGCCAGACGGUGACCGUGGACUUCUGCCAGGAAAUGACUGACAAGUGUACGACUGACGAGCAGCCCAGGAAGGAGUACACCUAGGGACGCGGCCCACUUGGCGGCCCCGCCGCCCCCCAGGUGCUCCCCGGGCAGCCCGCCGUGCUGCUCUUCUGCCGUCUGGAAGAACCUAGAAGGAAUCGGUGCACACUACAGCGUUCUUAGCAGCAAUACUGUCUCUGAGUAUUCCCUCCUCUCUCCGCGCCGAGCGGUACAGUUACCUUCCCAAUGGUGCUAGCCCUUGCCCGGCAAGGGGCGGCGGCGGUGGUGGCACUGCCUGUCUGUGGGUGAAUUUCAGUCUCAACAGGGAUAGACUAUAACACCUCCAGGACCCAACCACGGAUUUUUUUUCUCAGUGGCCCAUGUCACAAACCCUAUCUCAGGAAUUUCUUCUGAAUGUUCAAUUUUUUUCAUUGAAGACAGCUUCUAUACACAUCAAAGUUUUAUAGCUAGACUGUACAUAUUAUAUAUAAUAUAUAUAUAUAAAAUAUAUAUAUAUCCAUAUGCAAAAGUCCUGCAUGCCUCAAUUCUCUCAUCCUGAAACUGGAAACUUCAUUUCUCAUUUACCAACAGGUUCCAACAUUCCUCUUCUUUUGUCUCCGAUGCUAGAACUAGUUUGGUAACCGUUAACAUGGUCAUUUUUCUUGCUUCGCAGUUCAAUUUCAAUUUGUACUUAUUUAUGGAUCAGAAUUCAGUGUUGGAAGCUUUUUUUUUUUUUUUUUGGAGGUUUUAUUUCAGACCCUUUUUUGUUGUCGUUUGGUUUGCUUUGGGCACCAUCAGCUGGUGUCAUCUGAGUGUCGUGGGUUUGUUUUUCUUUUUUUCUUUUUUUUUUUUCUUGCAGAUACUGUACAGUCAUGGUCAACUUUGCCACUUGCACUGAGUUUUGGGUCAAACCUAUUUUCUUAAAUGAAGUUGUUACUUCAGUAUAACUCAAGUAUACUGUAUAUUCUUUGCUUUUAGUUUAAAAAGUAAGACAUUUUAGCUAAUUAAAAAGCACUCAGGUGAUAAUUAUGUAGGAAAAAUAAUCUUGCCAAAUAAUGAAUUCAUCCUAGGAUGUGUAGACAAUAAUCUGCUUGAAUAUUUUUAUAUUUCACCUCCUCCCCACCUUUCCCGGAAGCAAAGUUUAAAUGCGGAGAGUUCAGAGUUGAUGCUGGACGUUCAGACUCCUAAGUGGGGAGAGAGUGUGGACGUCCGCUCGAAAGUGCAUCCAAACAGCAGGAACCCAUGAUUUUGUUCCAGAACUCAGCAGGCAUUGGCUCCUAAAAAUCAAGUUAUUACUAUUUUCUCACCCAGGGGGCGAGUCCCAUUCAUUUCAGCCGGUCCUCAGGCCUCUGCCUGCCCUUGGAAGUGCAGUGAGGGAGGAACUUUUUGGAAGGAUUUGGCCGAUGGAUCGGCCACCCCGCCCCUCCCCUGCCCAGGCCGGGCUCCCAGGAUGUCUCACCUGAGUGAGUUUGCAUCACAGCACCUGGAGUUGCCUGUAAGUGGCGUCCUGGGCUGAUGCAGCUCGCCCAGAGGAGGGGAGAGCAGAGCGGGAGGGGGGGCGCACGUGAGCCUGGGGUCUGUCCCUGACGCAGGCAGAAGUAUUUCUUUCUCCUUCCCCCUCUCCAGAUGCUUUGAGUUGAAUUCUGAGGUUUUUCUGCUCAUCUCUUGUCCGAAGGCAGAUUUCAUUCUGAGGCUUUGGACACGAUAUGGCCAAGGAGCCCUCCCUGCCCCCCUCCCCGCCACACACACACCUACCCUCACCUGAUGAUAAUUUUCUUCUCUUGCUGCAAAACUGGUUGGCUUGCAACCCACGGAGAGCAGCUUCCCUUGGCUUUGGGGGCGUGCUGGCCCCUGGCCACGUUUACAGGAAGAUGUGCCCAGACCCUGCCGCCAGCCUAAGAGGAGGAAUCGGCUCCCUCCCUCCGGUGGGCCCUCCAGCCGGGCUGCGGGAAGAGUCCCGAAAGGUUUGAUGUGGGGAUGGGGUGGUGGGCAGUGGGGAGUAGAUGGUUGACUUUGUUUCUUUAUUUGUGCCAUUGUUUGGACAAUAUUAAAGCUGCAUGUAAAAGGGGAAAUUAGUAUAUGAUGUAGGCGAAAAGUGAAAUCAUAGUAACAUAUGUUUUAGUAUUAUUAACUUUUUUCUGUACAAAUAUUAGCGCUAAAUGUUUAAAUAUGUAUGAAUGCCAGAAAUUUGUUGGUUCAUGCGGUAGGAUAAAAAAAAAAAAGACUUUUCUUUUAAAAUAGUUCCGCUUUUAAAACCUGCCUCUGGGUUUCUGUUUCUCCUCAUGUGUGCGUGUCUGCGUGUGCUAGUCUGAGACGGACUUUGCCGCAGCUCGGAGUUGGAGCUGCCCUUCUUAUGAGGGUUGUUGGAGGAAUUUCUCGGCCUAGUGGAACCGUGCUGUGCUUCACCGUGGGGUUUGCCUUUGUAGAAAACUGGUGACAGCUGGGAUUGAAAUUCAGUGUGAAUCCUGUGAUAGGCCACAGGUAUGUGUUACGGUGGAGGAGUCAGCCAACAGUAGUUUGUGUUUUAACUCUCUUGUUGCCUCUUUUAAGUGACCUCCUUUUCUUUUGGGGAAAAAAAAAAAAAAAAAAGAAUGUUCUCUGCUAGUAUCAUAACCAGGUCCAAACCAACUUGUUGGCGUGAUUCACCCUGGUGACAACUCAUGUGCAACUGGUAGUCUUGACCACAUUCCGUCCGUCUCCCUGUCUCCAUGUCUCCAUGUCGUUCGGUCUGCACACACCUGCGCGGCCGGCCGCGGCCGGGUGGGGAAGGCUCUCCCUAGGUCCCUCCACCCUGACCCAGCCCACAUUCUCCCUCCAUCUACCCCGACCUCACUUUUCCUCCUCUUCCUCAGCCAAACCCCUGCUAUGGGGAACUGGUUAGAAACACUGCUUGAAAAAACUCUUUCCAUUUCUUAGAGAUUUUUAACAACUUGGGAUUUUGUUCACUAUGUACCAUAAACAGUGACUGGCUCUGUGCAAUUGUCUCCGUGACCUGUCCUAUCUUUUACUACCCUGAACCAUGUGUUCGUCAAAAUUGUUUCUGGAUGGAUUCACAGGGAGGACUAGCUGGGGGCCAGAAUCCAAAUUGCCUCGAGUGUAGUCUUAAAAACCAGCCUAUCUCCUUAACCUGGGAUCCCUUAGGAGGCCGUGUCUUUUAUGAAAAAGAAAAGUAAGUUAAGAGCAAGAAAUAGUGUUUGCACAGUGCGGUGACAUUUAGUUGUGCUCUUAUGGGUUCUUCCUUAUAAAAAAUAAAGGACCCUCCAGCCAUGGACAGUUGAGGAAGAUCCCUGCCAUGGCCCCGUUGAGUCUCCGAAGAGGUGGGCAUGAGCUGCUGGGGUGGGGACCACGGAGGUGGCCCUGUGGCUAGUUAGCAUCUGCCUGAAUCUAGUCCUCCCCUUGAAUCUGCCUUUGUUCUACUUGUAUGUCCAGACAACCUCACUUCAUUCAGGUUGGUCAGGCUUUGGGCAGGUGAGUGCUUUGCUGUAUGUGUGUGUUUCUCUGCGUUAUCUGGGGGUGCCUUGAAUAAAAUCAAACUUCAUUACAUACUGAUUCUGGAACAAAACAGUUGCAAAAACAAAACAAAAGAGCUGGCAAAGUUACUAGGCCAUCCUGCUAUUUCUAUUCCGGGUUCCCUAACAAUGACUCAGGCGUCAGAGGUGAUGCUGCAGUAUAAAACAUUAUUUUGUAUAAGUAAUUUAUUAACUGUCUUUCUAAAAGUAUGCUGCUUUUAAGAUGCACUAUGACUUUGGAUUUAAUCCUUGUAUUGCUUUCCCAAGGAAGUAAAAAAAAAAAAAAAAAAAAAAAAGGCUAGUGAUUAGAAUGCCAACUGCCACUUCUCCUUAAAAAGGAGGCCAGGGACCAGCUCUAGGACUUGCACGAGAGAACUGCCAGAAAUCAGGUGGGCACAAUGUGAAGUUCGAAGCUAUGAUCGGGAGGUCUAGGGGCGCCUGGCUGGCUCAGUCAAUAAAGCAAGCGACUCUUGAUCUUGGGGUUAAGUUCCAGCCCCACAUUGGGUGUAAAGAUGACUUUUAAAAAUCUUUACAAAAAAAAAAAAAAAAGGCCUAAGCCUACAAUUACUCUUUUAAUACUUAAUGAUGCCAUUAAGGAAGAAGAAACAAAGGUGUAUAAACUAUAAGCCUUUUAAGAAAUCCCAGAGCCCUGUCCCUCUGGGCUGCUUUGCAUCCUGUGGAGUAGCACAGCGCCUCUCAAAGUGGGUAAAGUCUGCAAGGUUACUCGGCUACAAAAGACCUACCUGGCUGGGUCUCUACAUUACACCCCAUUUAAACUAGCAGCUGCCUAACAAAUGACUUCACACUGCUCCCCUUCUGCUUCUAGUUUUGGAGGAGUCGCAGACCCGAAAGGGAGCAAGAAUCAAGUCUUGUCUUCAAAAAACUGUAAAUAGACUGAGGAGCAGAAUUUUUUUGUUGUUGUUUAAGAAUAAAGCUGUUCACUCUAUCCUAGGUUAAUAUUCCUUCCCCAAAUUGAGGAUCUUGUUGUAGGCACAGUUAAUGGCGAGUCAGGCCACGGUGCAGUACCCUGUGUGGAGUUGGUAUUCGUGCGGGAGGUCCGUGUGCAUGGAGGCCAUCUGGAUGUUCUCAGUACCGCCCGAGCCGGCUCCUGACCCGAGCGUCAAAGACUGAUGCUGUAGACUAGACGAUAUCUGUACACAGAUAGUGUGUGCGGAUCGUAUUUGUACAUAGAAAGGACCUAUGGUGGCAGAUUGAGGAUAAAUUAUUCGGCUGACGGUGCAAAAACAUUUCUUGCAAAGAAAAGGAAAUGUAUAGUAUUUUCCUACACUCCACCCGGGGAGAUAAUAUUUAUAUCAAAUGAGUAUCAGUGCAUUUUAAUGGUAAUAGGAAAAUGAUGCUGCCGUUCUGUGAAGACUACCCCUUGGGUGCAGAGGCCCACUUUGUAGCUUUGAUUUAAUGUUGUGACGUGGUGCAUGCAUCUCACUACCAAGCAAUGGAUAAACAACUCUGACUUUCACUUCAUUCCAGUUUCUUGACCUCAGAUAAAACAGUGGCCCUCCUUAGAAACAGAAGGGCACCAAGACCAUUCAGUCAGUGCCAAGCGUUCCUGGGGGGGCUGACCGGACACGUAUAUGAGGAAGGAGGGAAGGGAUUUGGGACAAAGAGGGUUUUUCCUACCGAUGAUGCUAAGUCUCCUACCCAAAUAUGCCUGCGGGCAGAGGGGUGACCUCCCCUGGGUCCUAGCAAUGCCGCUGGCAUGUGUGAAGGCUGGGAUGCCCAUUCACGCUCGGACGUGAAAGACCUGCCACCUCUGGUGAGUGCACCUGGGAGCUCCGGGUGCUGGUUAGACACGGUGAGCCGCUCGAGGCAAGCACCACCUCUGCUUGUGAGGCCAGAAGGGCCUGGGAGGAUUUGUUCCAGAACCAGUCUGAUGCAAGCGCACCUCUAAUAUAUGCCUUACAAACUCCAGAGGCCAUAUUCAAAACAGGGUCUUCUCAGUGUAUGCAAGGGGCUGCAGCCCCUCUCUUCUUCCUCCCCAGGUCGAACCAUACGGACAGUUUCACACAUAUCUACCUGUAUAACCCUCUGUACCUCUCAUAACUGCUCAACGACUGUAACAGGUUACAUCAGGUGUUUUUCUACAUACUUUUUACACAGAUUCUAUGCGAUUAAUGUAACUUAAUUCGAUGCAUCGUUUUAUUGUACUAGUUCUUAGGCUUGUCUUUUUUUUUCUAAGUGAUUGUGGUUUUUUGUUGUGGUUUUUAUUGUAAAAAUGAAAUGGCUGUUGAUGCUUAUUCUCUGUAACUAAGAAUUUUUACCAUUUUGGGGGAAGAAAAGCAUUGCUAUGAACUAAUGAAUUGAAACUUCAUUUACUCAUUGUAAAUACACUAUUGUGCAAAAAAGAAUUUUCACUCAAUUGAAUUGCUAGUGUUAACUGAAUUUUGUCUAGACACCAUUUCUGUUGAUGAAAUAAAGACAUAUCAUUAUGCAUUGUAA